CUGCUUGCUGCUGCUGCUGCUGAUAUCCUUUCAAGUUCAAUCCACUUCUUCUUCAGGGAAGAAGUGCUUAUAAUAAUAAUAAUAACAAAAAUCGUCAUCUUCUUCUUUGCCGUCAAGUUACUUACAUAGGAAAGUAGUAAAAAGAAGGCAAGAUUUUCGCUUACUUGCCACUUUUACUUUACAGCUGCAUACAAAAUCUCUAGAAAUUUUUAAAGUAUUUUAAAACACUGCCAAAUUUGCUGUACUUUCCGUAAUAAACGUGCUGCUCUUGCUGCUGCUGCAUUUUUGAAAGUAAAACAGAAAAGAAAUCUAGUCAAGAAGUGUUUUUUUUACAAGAAAAGCUCAAAGCUUUUGACUGAAAUAAGAAGACCAAAGUUUUAUAUGAAAAUAAGCCGAUUCAAAUUUUAAAUUGAGAGAAAUCCAAAGAAAAAGUUUAAUCAAAAAAUGAACAAAUCAAAUUAAGAGUAAAGUGUGAGAAAUAAAUUAAAAUUUAAUUUUUGUUAUUAAUAAUUUAUAUAUGUGAAUUAUCCCCCGAAAAGGUUAAAAUAAUGAAAAAGUUUUAAUUUCUUAAGAAAUUUUUGCAAUCAAAUUUAUUAAAAAUUCUGUUUGUGUGCAAUAAAAAAAUCACUACGAACAAAAGCCGAUUUUUAUUGGUAUGAAAUACUAAAAAAAAUCCAGUCAAAUUAUAACUGAAUUUUGUCACAAAAUUACAAUCAACAAAUAAAUAUUUUAAAAAUAAAUCCACUACGCAAAUUCUUAAUUUUAGAAAUUUUUUUUCAUACAAUCAUAAGAAAAUAACGACGGUUUCCUAAAAUAAUAAACCCGUAAAAACUUAACGAUUUAAUUUCUUCAUGAAAUUUUUCUCCCAUAAAAAAUUUCUAUUGUCGUCUACAACAAACAAAACAAAGAAAAUCGCGUACGCACAACAAAGACUUAAAAGGACAAUAAUACAUGAAUCGUCAUUUAUUAUUUGGCGAUAAGAAGACUGUCAAAUCCUUUAAGGGGACGAAAUUGAGCUCAAAUAUGAAUUAUGCACAAUAAAGGAAAUAAAAAAAGAAAGGGAACGAAAAUCCGUCCAUAUUUAGUGUUCAGGGAUCCAUGAUAUUACUUAAUUUGCAUACUUGCUAAGUAGGGAGGAAAAUAAAAAUGAGGACAUAAUUAAAUCAAUGUGCAAUAUUUAUUGAGAUAAAUUUUAAUACAGUAAAAAUUGUCGUGGAGUUAGAAAGUCUGUUAAGAAGGUAGAAAGAAUAAAAAAUAAAAUAGACAAAAUUACAAAAUAUCUUGAAAAACGUAUGUAGAGAGGAUUUUUAAUUUAAAAUUAAUUAAUUGGUAGGAAAACAUAAUAAUUAAAAAGUGAGGGUGGAUAAAUAAUAUGUUGACCAAUUGGAGACGACCUAUGCACUGGAGAACAAUUUAACGACGCUAUUGAAAUGCUGGGAGCUAUUAAACGGAGGUGGAAAUCAAAUAAAAAAUGCUCAGACACGAAAGACACGAACAAGGAAAAAGUGUCGCCAACUCCGCCCCCGCCGUCCUUAUCACUACUUGGACCCACCACGACGACGCCGGGUGGGCGCAAGGGCACAAACCACCCCCCUUCACUGCCGCCUGUGGAAUUCAUCCACGUCAACUCUGGGCGAAUCGAACUACAUCCCGGGGCAGAAUCGCAGAUUCGGUGGGGACAGCACCUCACAGGCGAGUCGAGACAUUCGUGGUGUGGGCCGCAGCAGCAAAUGGGAGUCAUCGAUAAGCAAAACGGGACUAAAAACGUGAAGAAUUGCCCUUCCAAAGGAGACGUCGCCAUUCUGCAACGAUUAGCAGAUUUGGAAUCCGUGUCGAAAACAGUACCCUCUCUUGCCCCAGUCGUUUCCGCUUUGAAAGAAGAAGUCGCCGCAUCGGUUGGGCGUCAAGAACGGUUAGUCGCGGAUUUGGAGGGACUUCAUGUGCGGGUUAAUACGUUAGAGACCCAUAACAAGGCGUUGGCGAAUAUUAUAUUACCAACACUGAUACGUCUCACAAAGGAAAGAUCGCCAUCGCCGAACUCGUCCUUAAAGAAGGCGACAAGCAACGCGUCGACGUCUCCAAUUAAAGUCGUGUCACCCCCAGUGUCAUCAUCAUCAUCUGAGGAGGAGAGUAACAUCAAGCCGACAAAGAUGCGACAAGCCUCAAAAACCACACCGAGCAAGAUUAAUACCACGCCAGGAAUGAUGUCGAAAGAGAGGAAUUUUAAUAAAUCAAGUUCCGUCCCAAGUAAGAAAACUGGUUGCGUGGCGAACGUUCCGCAGAAAACUGCAGGGUCUCUAAAUUCUGCUAGUAAAGUGACGCCAAAUUCUUCACAAAAACCAUUAUCUACUGAAUGCCGCAUACCAUUCUUUCGCCAUGCUUCGGGCCCUAGUACCACCGCCACCGUCGUUUCAACCCCCGCAUCCUCAGCGACCACACAUCCUCCCAAAACUACUCCCGUCUCCAAGUCGAAACCCAAAAUGAGCAAGCUUCCCGUUAGAAAAUCUUACAGUUCGAGUGGUCCUUCGACUUCCGUCCCACCGCCAACGUCGUUAUCCUUCUUACCUUCUUCCAAACAGAACAAAAAAGCCACAACGGCACCUCUUACCACCACGGCCCCGACCUCACUUAUCAUCGAUAAUAAACGUUUCCUCACAGGAUGCGGCAUCCCAUCUGCUGGCCCAACCAGCCUUCCUCCCAAGGACGAGGGUUACUCGACCAUGUCCAAUGGCGCCAUAGACGCCCAACUUGAUCCUCUUGUCCCUACAACGUCUUCCUCCGCCUCCACGGCGACAUUUACCCGACCCAAGAAACUUGGCGAAAUACGACCCCCAUCCGAACCUAAUUCUGGAACCUGGACCAAGAAGGUUAAAUCCGUAGCAAAAUCGUCCCCUUCCCCAACUUCGGGUACUCGCACAUUCGCCACUGCAACAAUCGCGUCCCCCGCCUCGAUCACGACGACGAAAGAAAACGUCCGCAUUGUACACGGUCUUCCGACUGAGAUUCGCUUUUCAUCUUCACAAGUAUCCGGUGACACAGGAGGCGCUGUUCUUUUAGAGGAUUCCGACGAUUCGGACAUUCUUUUUCUCCCCAUUGAGGUGUCUUCAUCCGGAAGCGAGUCCACCCUCGUACCCUACCCAUAUUCACGCACAUCCGGUUCUGAUUCGACAUACUACACGGCACCGGGAGGAACUACGACGGACACCUCAUCGACCUUUUCGACACCCAGAUUGACCAAGAAGAAGGAUGCGAGUAGAAGUAAAGACCAGAAGAAACCAGCGCCAUGGUGUGGCGACGAAGUCGAUGAACAAGACUUGGUUCAGCGGUGGAUGCGUUUGGACGAUAUGCGUCAUGAACAACAAGAAGCUGGCGCGGAUGACGACGAGUUAUCGGCGUGGAGUUGGGAUUGGGAUGGCCUCGUUCGAACAGGAAAUGGCGGCCCCAGUACAAACAAAAAUAUUCCUGCGAUGAUUGUGACCUCAUCGUCAGAAACCUUAGAUGUCGUCCUCCCCCCAAAGUCACGUCUUUCGCGAGACAUGGAAAUUUGGGAGACACCGACAACAAAAACGACCCCCAAAAAAUCCCCCAGCAUCGUUGAUUCAUCCACGUGGACGAAAUCGAAGCGAACCUCAUACCUCGAGCAGGCGAAUCUACUCCCCAGUCCGUCGCCAUCUCUUGCGACACCCGUCGUCGUCGGGGCUGAGUUGGAUUUUACGGCUGAAUUUUACCGCUUAACAUCUCCCGGAAUGGAAGACAAGGUCAUGCAAACGUCCGACGAUAACGUUUCCGACACCGAGAAAGAAUCGGAUCUCUUCCUCCAGUGUAAAAAUUGUUUAGAAAAAAUGUCCAAGCUUAUCUCCCUCCAACAAGAUAACCCUAAUGGAGGCGAAGAUAAACCCCGGAAUGAGGAUGACCUCGGCGUAACAUCGACCCCGCGCUCAAUCACGGAACAAGUCGCACAGAUGUUGCGAUGCAAUAAUUAUAGUCAGAACAAAGAGGGAAGUGCAAGCAAAUGGAUGCCCGUGCCACGACAGGCUUAUACUAAUAAAAGGACGUCGCCCUCUUUGCAGAGCGACCGUGAUCGCGACCGUAAUUUCGCCCUGGUGUCGAGCACAGAAUCGGAAGGUUUAAUCUCUCCGGGGAUGGAAUAAAACAGAGACUUCUUUUAAAAGCUCAUGGUCCCUAUAUAGCUCGUACAUAAUUACAUAUAUCGCACGGCUUUAGGGGUCAAUGUUUUAAGAGUCAGAGCUAUAAACUAACUAUAAACCAUGGAACUCAAUCCAAAGAACAUGAAAUAUUUUAAUAUUUCUUACAAUAAGUUGUGUCCCAUUAUUGCCGUAAAUUUAAAAUUUACUAACUGAAUGUAGUUUAAAUAUUUAAAAUUUUACAUGUUUUCUCGGUUGUUUAGAUUAGUUGCUUUUUCAUAAUUUAUGUAACAUUGUGUCAUGGUUGUAACCAAAUAUUUGUAAUCAGUCGAUAUCUGUUGACACUUGAAUAAAAGAUGACUUGACUUGAUUUA